CUUGUAAAUUUGAUCAAGUUUUACCACAUCAAAGAAAAAAGUUGAAACUCAAAUUACAUGUUAAAAGAUGGGAUGAUAGAGCCAACUCCCCAUUCCAUCUUAUUUAUGAUCCUAACACCAUCUGUAAGCUUAACUAAAUUUCCUCUUAGUAAUUAGUAUUUCUCACCCUGUUGCUGUUGUUGCUAACAAAUCAGUCAAGAGCCAAAUAUCUAGAUAAAUAAUUAAGGAUGGUACUUAAAAGUACCAAAAUUAACCAUCGCCUUCCUUUUUUAAACUUUUUCUUUGAUAUGGUCAAUAUUUGUCCAGAGUAUUGUUUGAUAGAAUGUAAACUUAGACAUCCAGAAACUGAAUGUACAGUAAAGCAGCUUUAUAGUUUGAUAUAAAAGUUAAUUUAAGUAUUUUGUUAAGGAAUAUAUCCCAUAUUGGCAAGGUUUGAGUCUUUGAGGUUUCCUUAUUCCUCUAGUCUUGUAUCCAGAUUUGGUCUCUCAACUUGUUAUCAACUAGUUCUAGGUUAAAGGUUUUAACUUAUUAUCUGAGAUUAAGUAUGUCUGUUGUCUCAUUUGUCGUUUCACCCUUUUCAUUGCCUGAAUGUCCUGCCUUCUUCAGUUGUUUAAUGGAUGUACAAUUAAGGGGGUACUUAGUGGUACUGAGUUGGACCUCUCCGCAUUUCCUGUUAUUUAGAGUGUCUCAUGAAGUUAUUUAUCAUUUUACAGGGUUUAACCUGCAAUCAUUAAAAUGUUUAUUCACUUCUUCUAUCUAUGUCAGAGCUCCAUUAGCAUCUACUCCUGUAUGGGUACAGAAUUUCAAUUCCUCUGAGGAAUUAAUCACUGAAUUUUGUAGAGAGUGCAGAAUUGUCCGUAAAGGUUUGGCUGGUGAUCUAAAGAAAGCAAUGAAAGAUGGAAAGCCAAUCAUAAUUGAGGGAAUCCAUUUGGAUCCAAGCAUUUAUUUAAUGGAUGAUGAAAAUAAAGAACCAGCUAAUGUGCCAGAAAGGAGUAAAGAAGUAAACACUGUAAAUGUGACAUCAGAUGAAAAUUCUGUAACCCAAGUUGAAAAUAAUUCUGCAAAAGCUUGUGGAGAUCAUACUGGAAACAGCAAAAGCAAUCAUAUCCCAGAUGAAGGGAUAUGUGCUGACCAGGUGGAUAAUGUUGCACAGUCACUGGAAUCUCUUGACUUGACAAGCAUUUCUGACAACAAAGGUGAAACCAUUAAGGAAACAGAAGUGGAUAUAAAGGCUCCUGUCAAAAAGGAAAAAUCGGGUACUCAACCAAUAAUCAUACCAAUAGUGCUAAAGAUGGCUGAAUUUGACCAUAAGGCAUUACUUGAGGAGUGGAUCUCUACUCGGAAAAUCAGUGAUAAACGUCUAAUUCAGGAUAAAGAUAGUUUAAUAGCCAAUUUGAAGACCAUUCAGGACUAUCUUUGUUCCUUCAAGUCCCAGGGUUUAUCAGUUGUCAACAUAUCAGCCACAACAUUUCCUCAGACAUUGGAUUGGCUGCAUGGGUAUCUUCUUCAGCGCAUUGAGCAAGGCAUUUCAUCAGUGUCCAGCCCGUCAGCCCCAAAAUAGAUUACAUUCAUUUGUUAACUUAAGCAACUUCAGAGCUGGGGAAAUAAAUGAAACGUUCUGGUUGAUAGCAGCUCCACAGAUAAGGAUAAAGAUGCUCGAUGUUGGAUAAUCAAAUUUCAAAAAUCAAAUCAAAACAAGCUUCUUCUGAAGACUUUGCCUGAACUUCCUCGAAAAUGUGAGUUCUAACCAAUACCUGCAUUCUACAUAUUUCUUUUAUGUUAUCUGUUGGACUGAUUCAUGCACUUGGAGAAGUUGCAAGGUUUUGAAGAAUUUAGAGAUAGAUUAUUAUCAUCUCUACGAGAGUAUUAGCAUAGAAUUCACAAUCAUCAAUAGAUAGUGGGGUGGAGGUUGAUACUCUAGAUUUACUUUAUCAUGUGCUUGACUUUUUCUUUUCUUUUCUUUUGAAAUUAAAAAUAAGGUGAGAACAUUCCAUAUUGUUGUUAAACAUGGUUACACUUAUAUGGUCACCAUGGUUCUAAAGAUGUAUGUUCCAGUACAAAUUUAACUUAGGCAUUAUAUAUUUCAAGGUUGAUGGAUGCAAUGUUUUCCUUCAAUCUCUCUUGCUUGAAACUCUUUACGAUCACGCUUGCUCCGUUCGAUAAUCCCCAUUUUAGGGCAACCUUAAUAGAAUUUCAUCAAACCAUAUUAGCUAGGAGUUGAUUUCAUUCACUAUUUACUACUCAACCCAAAUGCUGGAUUUUAUGGUUUACCUGAGCUGGAGUAGCUUUAUGUUUGAUGGCAAUGGACUGGAUAACUGGAUUUUCAACAACAGCUGUGGUUCCCCAUGAAUUCCCAGGGCCACCCAGUGGAGAAUAAGCACUUAAAUGAAUCUUGUGGCCAGCA